AUCCACGCGACGAACACGCACUUGGACGAGCAACCGAUGUUCUCGCGGCUGUCCUGCAACUCAAUUUGUGCCACGGGAAUAGCAAGCGCGAACGGUAGACGGCAAUUCGGCGGUUCGCUUCUCGUGUCUCGAGCGAAGUAACAAAGUUUCUCCCUUCCGAGGAACGAAAACGACGUUCCGCGGCACCCACAGAAUCGAUCGGCUCGAUCGCGCGGCCGCGGCGUCACUUAAUUACGCGGAAAAUGAUCGCGCACUUCACUCCGUCGUGUACUUGCCGGCGCGGCGGCUCGAACGAUAAUGCGAAGCACCGUGUGUCCCUGACCUCGGCGCGCGGCGGCUCGGCGUAAACAUCCCCGAGCGGCGCGCGAGCGUGAGUCUGAAAAACAUCAAAAAAACUUUGAAGAACGAACAAUGAAUGAAAGAUACGCCGUACUUACCUGCUCCGUUGAUUUUCACGGGUAAAUCGGCUAUCAGUCCGCGUUCUGUCUCGGUAACGGCCGGUCGCUGUCGCGAGUGUCGUGCGGUUGUGUGCUGUGAUAAGGCCUUCACACACAAAAUUCCGAAUAUCGUGCGCUUUGUGCGAAUAAUUAAUAACCAUCGGCCUGAGACAAUUAAUUCCCGUGUUCAGUGGAAGAUAUCGAGACGAGAGGACGCGAUGACGGUACCCGUUUUAAUCGAAGCAGUGCACUCGUCUCGUAAUGAAGAUCGUGUCGAACAUCUGUUAUAAUAAGCUCGAUAUAUCACACGUUGUACGAAGAUCACCCCCUCGUGAUUUAUUACACAUUAUAUCUGAGCAUUAUCGGACUGCGCAUCGCGCGGCUUCAACGCGGCGCCUCAAAUGACGUCCAUCAAGAAGCGAUAAUUAAAAAGAAGAGAGUUUAAAUCGCCUGGACGUGCACGAGAUCGGCCAUCUGCUUCGCACGAUUAGAAUAAGAAUGGGGACAAUUCAAAAAGUAAUCAGAAUAUAAUAAUAUAAGUUAUAAGCUUUUGUGUAAGAAACUGCAUUAUGACGGAAUACAAGCUCGUGGUUGUUGGAACUGGCGGUGUUGGAAAAUCAGCACUUACUAUCCAGCUGGUACUAAGUCAUUUUGUUGAAGAGUACGAUCCUACCAUUGAAGACUCAUAUCGAAAACAAGUGGUGAUCGAUGAUGAGACAUGCAUUCUAGAUAUAUUAGAUACAGCUGGACAAGAAGAAUAUAGUGCAAUGAAAGAUCAGUAUAUGAGAACAGGGGACGGAUUUUUGUUAGUCUUUGCUGUAAACUCGGCCAAAAGUUUUGAGGAUAUUGAAACGUAUAGGGAGCAGAUAAAACGAGUAAAAGAUACUGAAGAAGUACCGAUGGUGUUAGUAGGAAAUAAAUGCGAUCUUGAGGACUUUUGGGCGGUAAAUAUGACUAAAGCGAGAGAAAUCGCGCUACACUACGGUAUGCCAUUUGUGGAAACUUCUGCGAAAACGAGAAUGGGUGUAGACGAUGCAUUUUAUGCCUUGGUCAGAGAAAUACGAAAACAUAAAGAGUGCAUAAAUAAACCACCUACCAAUAGUGGACACAACAAAUGCCGUAUUUUAUUAUGUUGUGUAAAUACUAGGCAAAUACGAAAUAAAAAGGAUGAUUAA